AUAUCAUUUCUAGUAAGAACAAAAUGGCGUUUGAAACAUACCUUCGAGAAGCCACUGGUAACGGACCUGACCGCACUCUUCCAGGUGCUGUCGUUGUAGCCGCUGACAGAAAUGGAAUCACCCACACUUUCGCCUCUGGAACCCAGUCCCUCGAUCCCGCUUCUCCCCUCUUUGAAAAACCAUUUGCAAUCGACACUACAAUGUGGAUUGCCUCAUGCACAAAACUCCUUACAGCAACUAGUGUCCUACAGUGUGUGGAGAAGGGGCUCCUGAAUCUAGAUGCCGACCUCGCAGAUGUUCUUACUGAGUUCAACGAAAUUCAAAUCCUCGCUGGAUUCGACGACAAUGAAAAACCAGUCUAUAAAAAGCCGGAAAGCAAAAUCACCCUAAGAACCCUUCUUAGCCAUAGCAGUGGCUUUGGAUACGCAGGACUUGAUCCAAGACUCAAGAAAGAAGUCGAUUACAGAGGCGGUAAAAUUGAUAUAACAGGCGAAUUGCUCGAACAUAUUUUGGUCCCCCUUCUUUAUCAACCCGGUACAUCAUGGUCUUACGGUGUAGGACUUGACUGGGCCGGCCUUGCAAUUGAACGAGUCACGGGACAAUCCCUUUCCGCCUACAUGGAAACAAAUAUAAUUAAUCCACUCGGCAUGACCUCCACAUCCUUCAAGCUCCAAUCUAGACAAGACAUCCUAGCAACUCGAUCAGACAUGAGCCUCCGGCUGCCAGAUGGGUCUCUCAUCCCCAGCCCCACACGCUACUUUCCCGAAAAUUCCAAGGAUGACUUUGGUGGAGCUGGUCUCUUUUCUUGCGCACAGGAUUACAUCAAAGUUUUAAUUGAUCUCCUACAGGAUGACUCAAAAUUGCUCUCCGCGGCAAGUAAGGAAGAGUUAUUCAAGCAACAGCUCUCUACCGAGUCCAAAGCAGCACUGAAUUUUGUUCUGUAUGGCGAUUAUGAGGGCAACACAAAUGGAGAGGUGGGUAUGCUGUUUAGUGGUGGGUUGCCAGCAGGGACAGAUGUGGGAUAUUCGGUUGGAGGUUUGCUUGUAGAUUGCGCUAAUGGCGCGGGUCCGAAUCGGAGGAGUAAAGGUGCGCUGUCAUGGAGUGGGUUGCCCAAUUUGCAUUGGAUGGUCGAUAGGGAAAGAGGAGUUGCGUUGUUUUAUGGGAGCCAGUUGCUUCCUCCAGGGGAUAUUAAAACAGCGGAGACUUUUGCGAAGUUUGAAGAGAGUAUUUAUAAAGGAGAGCUUUAA